AUGGUGAGCAGGAAGGAUAAGAUGAUGGAGAAGCAGUUGAAGGACCCUAGCCAGAUAACGUGGGACAUUGUGAACAACAAGUUGAAGGAGGUUGUGGCCGCCAGGGGGAAGAAGGGAACGGGGAGGAUGGAGCUUGUCGAGCAGCUUACUUUCCUGACUCGGGUCGCCAAGACAGAAGUCGAGAUUCUCUUCAGUGUCGUCACUGUGCAGUUUGACGUGAACUCCAGCCUGAGCGGGCACAUGCCGUUCAACGUGCGUGCACAACUUGCUACUGAUACUGGAUAUCCUGACUCAUCUCUCCAUAUCUGGAGGCUGCUCAGGAAUAAAGAUCACGUGCUUGCCAUGCUCAAGGCCAAGAUGAAGGAGGAGGCUCUCAGGACCCAUCUCCUCACGUAUUCAUAUGACUCGAUCAGCCUCGACCACCUGUCCAAGAUGUUUGAUCUCUCGGAGGCCCAGACACGGAGCAUAGUGAGUAAGAUGAUGAUCAACGAGGAGCUGCAUGCCAGCUGGGACCGGCUGACGGGGUGCAUUGUGUUUCCAUGGAGGGCGGGCGUAAGGACUGGCCCUCGGGGGGUGGGGGCAGGUGGCCGGAGUUGUUGUUUUCUGGCGGGAGGCAGGGGUAUAAUGCUGGCAGGGGUCGGGGAGUGGGCUCGGGUUAUAAUAGGGAUGGACAGGGAAGGUUUGGCCGUUAUCAGGGCUCAAGGAAUCAGGCAUACCAAACAGGCUUGGGUGCCAUGGUAG